AUGAAAUACUGGAAUUUGAACGAAAAGAAUUAACUAAAACAAAAGAACUACUUUUAAAAUACGAAGCAUUACAUAAAAAAGAUAUAAAUAAUUAAAAAAAACCAAAUUUUAUAUAAUCAUUAGCUUAAUCAUAAUUUUUUGUAAUAUAAAACAAUUAAUUAAUUAAAAAAAUAUUUUAAUAUUAAGGCUUCGAUAAGUUAAUUAUAAGAGAGUCCUUUAAAUAAUUAAGAUGAUAAAAAAAGUGAAGUUGCUAGAUCUCCAACUAUUAGUAAUUCUUCUUUAUAAACUAAAUUUUUAAAGAAUUUGUAAAUUAAAUAAAAACCUUAACUUUUAUAAUUAAACUAAAUUUAACCUUUAUCUACAUUUUUAUCUGGUGAAAAUUAAUCUGAAACAUUAAAAACUUAUUCAAUUAUAAAUCCAAAUCUAAGUAAAUAUAUAUUAUUAAUACUUUUUGUAAAAUAUAAAUUUUUAAAAAAAGAUGAUGAAGAAACAUUAGAAAUAUAUAAUUAGAACGAAAAUUUAAUUUUCAUAUAAUAAUUAAUCAAGAAUGAAGAAAAGUUUGUAGAUUUUAUGUAAAAAAUACAAGAAAACACCCUAUUAUUAGUAAAUGAUAAAAUAAAGAAGUUUAUAAAUGAUUCAAGCAUAUUUUUCUAGUUAUUAAUAAAAUUAAAAAAACUAAUAAAUUCAAUUUUCCGUCUUUCCUCAUCUCUAGUUUUAAAUGAUGCUCUAGAAAAUAUUGUUGAUGAAACUUGCUUAAUUAUGGAUUGUGACAGAUGUACUGUUUUUAUUGCUGAUGAAUAAAAAAAUGAAUUAUGGUCUAAAGUUGCUAAAGGUGUUAAUACUAUUAUUAGAAUGCCUAUUGAUUAGGGAAUUGCUGGACAUGUUAUUUAAAAUAAAUAGAUUUUGAAUAUUCCUAAUGCAUAAGCAGAUUAAAGAUUUAAUCCUGAUUUUGAUAAAAAAAUGUAGUAUAAAAGUAAAAAUAUUUUAUGUGCUCCAAUUUUAGAUGAUACUGGAAGGGCAAUAGGGGUUAUUUAAUGUAUUAAUAAAAAUAAUGGAUAUUUUUCUAAAGAUGAUGAAGGGCUUUUGAAAAUUAUUGCUGACUAUAGUAAGAUAAUGCUUAAUAAUGCAAUUAAUGCAGAUGAGCAACAUUCAACAUAAAAUAAGUACCGAUAAAUAAUGGCUGUAUUAAUAUAUAUUUAUAUAUAUAUAUAUAUAUAUAUAUAUAUAUAUAUAUAUAUAUAUAUAUCUUUGUGUUAAGGUUUUUUUAUUAUUUAAAAAAAGACAGUUAUAAAGAAUUGCAGUAUUUUUUUUUUUAAAUAAUUUACAAAAAUAUAAACAAAGGGAUAAGUUAUAGAAAAAAAAGAAAUGAUUUUAUGUAACAAUUGUUAUGCAGAUAAAAAUUUUAGUCAAGAAAUAGAUAUAAAUACUUCUAUGCCUAUAAUUUGUAUUCCUUUAUAAUUAUCUAAAAAUGAUGAAAUUUUUGGAGUUUUAUAAGUAGUGAAUGUUAAAGGUUUUAGUAAAUUAUAUUAAAGCAAAAAUAUUCAAAUUUAAGCUAAUGAUUAUGAAAUUUUAAAUUAUUUUGUUAGUUAAUUAACUGCUUUUAUUAAAGCUAUAUAAAAGAAAAAUAAUUAGAAAAUAAAUUGA